UCUCCUCUCUUUCUCUUAGCUUAAAAACAAAACCAGCCCACAUUGCUUAUCCUCCCACUUUUAACUCUCGCAAGCUUUCCAAACCUCAGAAGAAGUUCAAACAUGGAGAAGAUGGAGAACUCUAUACCCUGCUCUGUGAAGCAAGAAGAUUCAGAAGGAGAGUCCAUGGACAUUAUGAACUUUGAUAAGUCUCUCCAGGAACUGAAAGCCUUGAGUUCCCAACUUCAUUAUGCUGCUGAAUACUGUGAAUCAACCUUCUUGGCUGCCCAAGAAAAGAGAGCGGUGGUGGAAAACACAAGAGAGUAUGUAUGCAGAGCUGUGGUGACUGUUGUUGAUCAUCUCGGAUGCGUUUCUGCUAACAUCAGUGGCCUCAUUUCUGAGACUAAAGAAUUUUCAGACGCUGAGCUGCGAAUCAAUUGCCUUAAACAAAGAAUUCUCCUAUGUGAACAAUUUACCCACAAGUUUGCUCUCACAAGAACGCGAUGGCAUGAGACUUUGCCUCGGCAUAGCGCACGUUUUCUAUUUGCACCUAUCAGACAUGACGAAAAAUCAAAAGAAGAUAUGAGGGAUUCUGGAGUACCGGCCUUUCGAAAAGCUAUUGACAAGCAUGAAUUUGAGAGAGAGGAAGCAAUGCCACUUUUCUUGUACACUUACUCGCACAAACCGUCUUUGUCCAAGGAUAAUGCUAAUCCAGCUUUAGUGCCUGUUCGUGAUGGCUUAUCAAUCCUUUCCAGAGGUCCAAAACCAACAUUUCAUUUCCAGGAAACUCGGAAGGGACGCAAUGUCAGGAAAUCUGGGCAGGGUGGUGACAUGUUUUCACUCAUGAGACGAGCUAGGCGAGCGAUGUGAAAACUCUUAAAAGUUAUAUGUAUCAAAAAUUUCUAGUAUUAGCUAGCUAGACUACUGUUGAUGCUCAUAUAUGUGGAUGCCAAUAUUUUUCUAGUGCAGCAGUGCUUGUAUUUAAAACAAUUUAAGGCCCUCUGCUUCCACAAUGACAUGUGCUUAAGCAAUGCAACAAAGUUAUUACAGUAGA